AUGGCAUCUAAACAACCAACAAAGCAAUCCGUACCUUUAUCCAUUGGCAAAAUAGACUCCUACUGGUCGCCGAAGAUCAUUGCCUCGCUUAACGAUGCCUACGAAAUCAAAAUCUCCAAAUUCUCCGGCGAAUUCAUCUGGCACAGUCAUCCAGAUACUGAUGAGCUUUUUUACAUCAUUAAAGGCAAGGUUCUGAUUCGGUUGAAUGAGCCUGGUCAGAACUCGGGCUUGGAGGAUGUCUACCUGGAUGAGGGCGAUAUUUUUGUUGUACCCAAGGGAGUCAUGCAUUGCCCAGCAGUGGUGGACAAUGAUGAUGGGACCGGAGAGGCAGUUGUUAUGUUAAUGGAGCCGACGGGGGUGGUGAAUACAGGAAAUAGGGGGUUCGUGCAGGGUCGGACGAAUGAGGUUGGGGAUUUGAGGUUGACAUAG